UUAGGCGGGCGUAACGCUGAAGGCUAAUACACCACCCCUAGUAGGCCGCGGUUGCUCGCUGUUCGCCAUAACUGGGAAUCAGGGGAAGCUGGUGUGACUGCUAGUUAUGAGAGCUGCUCCAUCAGGUCCUAGGCCCUCCAGCUUACAAGUCUCACUACUAGACCAUCAAGCCUCUCGAUUAGCAUCUUGGUCGUAUUGCUGGGUGAAUUAGGAUGGGUGACAAGCCGCUCUGGGAGCAGAUAGGAACCAGCUUUGUGCAGCAUUAUUAUCAGUUGUUUGACACAAACAGGCCUCAACUUGAAUCAAUAUACACUGAAGAGUCAUGCCUUACAUGGGAAGGAGAACAGUUUCAUGGAAAAACUGCCAUUAUUCAGAAAAUUUCUAGCCUUCCCUUUCAUAAAAUUGCACAUAGCAUAACUGCACAAGACCACCAGCCCACCCCUGAUAGUUGUAUAUUGAGUAUGGUUGUUGGACAACUCAAAGCUGAUGAAGAUCCAGUCAUUGGAUUCCACCAGAUGUUCCUUCUAAAACACAUCAAUGACUCCUGGGUCUGCACCAAUGACAUGUUCCGACUUUCACUGCACAACUUUACUUAAAAUGCACUUGAUGCAAAAAGGAAGACAAGAAAAGUAGCCCCUGUAUCCAUCACCACCUGCUAUUUUGAGAUUAACCACCUCUUUGAGAUUCCAAAUAUCAUACACAAAAACUAACAAAUGAAAUGCCCAUGCAGAAAUCUGGCCUCUGCAUUUUUCAGAUCUGUCAUUUUUGCUCUUCUGCUACAGUAUAUUGUGGGAAAUCUUCAGUCAUUGUGCAUGAUGUUUGGAAGCUGUUUCAGCUUCAUCCUACAGCACUGGUUUGGCUCACCAAUUUUGUUUUAAUUUGAUUUUUUUCCAGUUGUUUGUUGUUGCCAGCAUGCCUUAGAGAAUAAAAUACUGGGUUUAUAUUUUAUUUUCUGUUUUAAUGUACUGACAGGUUGCUCUAGUGAUCCAAAGAACCAAUAUAUUAGCUACCUGUAUUAAGUCCAGAGCUCUUUCAUUUUGUCCAUACUAUACUGAAGCCACGAUACAAAAUAAAACCUUGACAUUUUCUUAAUGCGGGAAUUGUUUUGCUUCCUUGUUUUUCCAAUUUAUUUCAAUGGCUCUACAUUUUUUGGCUAUGUAUCCAGUCGUCACAACCCCCUGAUCCCAGUGGCAGUCAUUGUUUCAUAUUGUAGUCUUAUUUCCAAACUAAUUUCCUUUUGAUAAUAUUUAUGUACCCACAUAUAUUAAGAACUGUUGACAAGCUACAAUAAUUCAACUUGAAACACAUGUAAGAAGAGAAAGUAGUCAAGCAAAAAAUGAAAAUGGCCAACAAAUGUCAGUUAUGGUUAAUUGCUGUUUACAGUUUCACUUACUUUUUAUUUUUUAGUGUGCAGCAAUUUGUGAAAGUGUAUCAUUUGUUAAAUUUUCUGAAUUUGAAUAACUUGCUCAUUUACAUGCAACCAAAAAUGUCUAGCAAAACAAACAAGCAAAGAAGAUGUAAGACGAAUAGUGUAUGUUUAUAUAUAGCAGAAGCUUUAACAAACUAUAAGAAAGGUUUUUUUUUUUUUUUUUAAUUUUUUUGUUUUUUUUUUAUAUUAUAGCCCUUACAUGCAAAUUAUGUUAGUUGAAACCAGUCAGAUGCAUCCCCGUAACCGCUCUGCAUGACGUCUGGUUGCUUUAACAAGCUUUUUUGACGUGAGGCUUUAACACCUAAGCUGUCAUGCUAGUUUUUUGGAUUUGUGCAUCAUGGUAAUAUAGUUGAAAGGGGGAACUAUUGGUAAAAUAAGUACCAAUUAGUAUUUUUCGUAACUGAUUUAAUAUUUAAAUAUAAUGCAGCAUUGCAGUACUAGAUAUUUUUUUAUUGCCACAGUAACUUUAUUUUGCAGUAUAACUCGAAAUAUGUCCUCAUUUUUGUAAUUUAUUUCAUUUUUUUUUUAAAAUAUAGUUAGAUGAUUUUUAAAGAUAUUGACAUUACCUAUAACAAAAAUGACUUCUUGGAGAACCUAGGAAUGAACAGAGGUCUUAGAUGUACUAUUUGCCUUUUUUUACAUUUUGUUAUUGGAGUGGCUCCAAACAUUAGCUCAGAAGUUAUUACUUGUUUUGCCUUAUCUGUUUAUUUUUUUCCCCCCAGAGUGCCGUGUUUUUGCUAAAUUAGGAGUAAGGUUUCCUUAAUUUUUUUGGAGCAAACUUUCAAAAUAUACCUAUCUGAGAUAAUUGUACAUUGCUAACAACAAAUUGCAUAUACCGUAGAUUGAACUGCAACUUACUUUGUUAUUCAUAUAUUAGAAUUUAAUGCAACAAAUUUUUCAUCGUUUAAGGUUGCACUAUUGUUUAACAUUUUGCCCAUAAGUUUGGUAUCUCGCCAGUCGUCUUUCUUAUUGCCAUGACUUUCUUUCAUCAUUCUUGCUGUGUCCAAUAUAUAAUUGACAUUUUUAUUUUUCUUCUUUACUGAUAGCUCAUAUUUUUAAGCCAAUUUACAGGUUUAGUCUUAGACACUUAAUUGCUGGUAAACUGCUUUCUGCUUAGAAAUGAACAAUUGCAAUCUUCAAAAAAAAAAUCUACAGUACAUAAAAAUAGGUUCUGGAAAGCAAACAUUUUGUAGAAAAGCUGGUAAAGGUGUAUUGCAACAUGGUUUUGGGUGAUUGUGAAGAUGUUCUUUUGCAGAUUUACUGAAGCUGUUGUUUUGGGAAUUUAUGAGUUAGAAAUUUUUUCAUUUAUUGUUCUGUAAAUAUUAAGUCUACAUUAUAAUUAUUUGUAAUAGAUACUGCUCCCCCAAAGUAAGAGCCAUAGGUCAAAAGGAAUAUAAUUCAGUAAUUCAUAUUUACAACACUAUUUUCUGAAUUAUAAUGUUAUAUCAUGUAUGUACAACAAAAACCAUAAUACUAAUCAAUCUCAGAUGUUCAACCAUGCAAGUAUUUUUUCUCUUUUAUAUCUUGUCUGUCACUCAUAAUUACUUUACAUUACAGUUGUUACUUCUAACAGUUUUGCAGUUCCCCCAGACAAUGCACUACUCCUUUGGCUAUUGGGUUAUCUCAGUGGUAGAUGUACACCCCUGUAACAGUGUCAUUAAGGAAAUAUAGACCAUAUUACAGCACUAACAAAGAUAUACAGAUUAAUUUGUUUGCUAAGGUAAAAAAAACAAUUGUGAUUUCUACUUUUAGUAAACAGUAUUAACAGUAUGUAGAACUGGUUUAUGAUGCUUAACAAGCUCAAAACGCAGAUCAAGUGAAUGACUGGAAAAGUUCAAAAUCAUACUAGUAAGUUAGUGCACGACAGAUAUACAUUAAACAGAUUUACUAUUGAUUGAUAUUGACUCCCAAGUUUUCUAGACUUUCAUUUAUUUUAUCUUUUGAUCAACAACACUGAGGUUUACAGAAGUGUGUUUCUGUGUAAAUAUAUUUCAAGUAGUAUUGUAUAAUGCACUGAUGUUUGAACUCUGUGUGAUUUCUUUGUAUUCAUUUCACUGUAACAUUGGGUGUAUUUUUUUUUUGGUCAGUAAGGGGCAUUGCAGAAGCUUUUUAUACAGCUCUCUUUCAUCUACAGAGAAGCAAAUUUUAUUGUACAAGUUCAGGUUGACGGGUACUUAAAAAUGUUUGUUAGAGCAAAGUAUUGAUGGAUAAGUGAGAAGAAAAACAGUUGGGUGGUUUAAUGACUGACAAAAGUUUUGCUAUAUAUAUAAAAAAACAAGCCAUUGUUAUAAUUGGGUCUGCCCCUAAGUUUUCAGCCAGUGGCCCAUGCCUCAUAUACCUCCCAGGGAGGUGUCCAAGGAGAAACCAACAACAACAUUUAUUUAUAUAGCACAUUUUCAUACAAAUAAUGUAGCUCAAAGUGCUUUACAUGAUGAAGAAAAGAGAAAAAAAAGACAAGUAAGAAUUAAAAUAAGACAACACUAAUUAACAAACCCUAACUACAAACCCAAACCACUGAAGUGGCUUAAUUCUGUCCACAGACCAACUCUACUACUCCACAAAUAUGUUCAGGAACCUUUUUUCAGCCACUGUUACUUGUAAUCUCAUUAUUCCAUUUAAUGCUUAGAGCUCAGGAGGAUGGACAUGUAGACACAUUCUUCAAUCAACACCUUUGUCAAUUAGCUCACAGUUCAGUUUAACUUCACUGUUGGUCAGUAUCAUGAUCACUUUUACCCUUACUUGUGAAUGUAAUAACUUCUUUCCUGCACAACAAGCCUCUAUUUUGCAAGAGAGUACAAUGAUCUUGAUUUGGAGAUGCUGAUUCUUGUUCUGUCUGCAUUAUUGAAUAACACAAUAUGAAGAAGUUUUUUAUAUAUAUAUAUAUAUAUAUAUAUAUAUAUAUAUAUAUAUAUAUAUAUAAAAUAGGGAACACCACCACCCCAGUACGCUAGUCCUGAGGCAUCGUCCCUGUCUUCUACACACCUCUGGCUGGAUCUUGUCCAUCUUUUGGCCUUGCUUCUGGCACGGCUAUCUUGGAGGAGGAUUAAUUCACUGGGUCCAAGUUUCCCUACCCUUGCUAAGAAUAGCUUGUCUGGAAGAAGUUCUGCCUAGCCUUCCUGGAUUAUCAAAUCUUUUACCAGAACCAGUUCAAGAGCUUUUAAAAGUCAUCCCUUCAUAUAUUCGCCAAACUACACCCACACACACGGCUUCAUUUUGAUCAUUACUACAGCUGCUACUUUUUUUUGUCCUCCUGGUUAAUGUCAGUCACAUCUGCUAAUAUUGAAGUUGAUCUCAACUGUUUAGUUUAAAAUUGUUCAUUCAGUAAAAGUAGGCACAGCUGCACAAACAAUUUGAAUAAGGGUACAUUUCUUUAUUGUUUUUCUUUUUUUUAAUUUAUUAAAACAUUUAAAAGCUAGACUUUAAAUUAUGCAGUCUUUUUCUUGUCAGGGAGUGACUUUGUUGUCUUUGCCUAGUAGUUCCUUGUCAAUGUGGAUCUCUGAGCUAGCAAUCCUGCCCUUAUGUUGCACAGAGUUGUGAACGGCUUGCAUUCCCAAAGAGAAUGAGUCUGUUUUCAUGCCUUUGUUGCAGGUCGAAUUAGGAUGUUCUGCUAUGGAGCAAAAUUUGUACCUUGGCAGAAUCGAUGCAGAGAGAGGAGCUGAAUAUAUAGUAGUUAGUUUCUUGGGUGCACAAAGGUCUAGCCACUUGGUUGGGAUUUGAUACACAUGUUUGUCAAUUAAGGUUUGGCUAAACUGAAUUAUAGUCAUUGGUCAGUGACUGAUGCUGUCUUAUCACAUAGUUUGGAGAAUUUUCAUCCUUUUAAGAGGCUUACUCCUUCAGUGCCACAGAGAAACACAUUCUUUGGUUCGUUAAAGAUGCAAGCAAAGAUUUCAGAUUAUAUGUACAACUUAAGUGAAACUCUUCCAAGUGCUGUGCCAAAGAAAAAGGACAAUGCCCACUUUGUACUACAGUAUUGUACAGAGAGAGCUUGUCAAUACUUUGAACAUGUUACCAUGUGCUCUAGUGGUGACUAGAUUAUUUUAUUUUAACCUUAAUAUGCUCAUUAUUGAUGCUAGUUUUGUUGUAUAUAACCAGAUUAUAUACAAUAAGAUUUAAGACAUCUGUAAAGGAUUUUGAUGUGAAUAGGUUGUCAAUGGCUAUAAUCGCUGAAUGAAGUUAACUAAUGAGUUUAAAAGAAUGUGUGUGCAUUACAUCAACAGUACCGUACACCUCAUUUUAGUGAUAUUUUUAAUAAAGGGAUAUAUGUAGAAGUUUAUACAAAUGUACCAAGUAGGUGGAUAUAUGGUUUCCACAUUUAUUUAAAUCAAAAAUUUAAACAGCAGAAUUUUUUUGAGUGAUUGAGUACAUUAAGAAACUUUAUAUUGAUACAAUCACAAUUGUAAAUUUAUAUGCUAAAUUGCAUCCAUCAAAGUUACAUUACCCAUCCAUUAUCCAACCCGCUAUAUCCUAACACAGGGUCACGGGGGUCUGCUGGAGCCAAGGCAGGAGCAAAUCCCAGGCAGGGUGCCAGCCCACUGCAGGGCAUACACACACACCAAGUACACACUAGGGACAAUUUAGGAUUGCCAAUGCACCUAACCUGCAUGUCUUUUUACUGUGGGAGGAAACCCACACAGACAUGGGGAGAACAUGCAAACUCCACGAAGGGAGGACCCGGGAAGCGAACCCAGGUCUCCUUACUGCGAGGCAGCAGCGCAACCACUGCGCCACCGUGCAGCCCCAAGUUACAUUACACAAUUCAUAAUCAUAUUCACCCUCUUUUGAGUGCUCAACCGGAAAUUUAAAAUAUUUUAGAUAACCAUGCAUAACUAUUGGACAUGGCAUAGUCCCUUUAUGCAGUUUUGAAUCUAAGAGCAUAGGAAUUUUUUCAGUAAUCACAAAUGUGGUUCAGUUAGGUCUGUAUUUAUUUGUAGACCCCCCCCCCCCCCCCUUAACAAUGAAGUCGGAGAGUUUGACCUCCUAACAGUUAUACAUUUUUUUAACAAAUAUAGGAAAUUAAUUUAACUUUAGUUUCAGAAUCCUUGAGCUUGCAGUAGAUCCUCCUAUCCCCAAAAUGAAAUUCUGCUAAUGGAUUCUAAGCAUUGUCUAUUGCUUCAAUUUUGGAAUAGAGUGGUUUGGGGUGUAUUAUAUUUGCGACACUAAAUCUUAAAACCACAUUGUGUAUAUAAAUGUACAAGAAUUUUUACCAUCUAGGGAUAGUGUGAUUUUCUUCUAUGCACAAAUUGCCAGACAUGCACAAAGGAGUAUAACUAAGGUACUGUUAGGCCCAUCACCUUUUGUCAGUUUGGAGCUUUCAGUGUAAACUGAGAUCAGAUGGACCUAUUUUUUUCAUUCUGUUAGAAAUAUCUAGCUGAAGGGACUUUGUGACAUAAAGAAAAAGAAUAGAACUGAGUGAAACUUGGUAAAGAUAUUGUGAUGACGGUAAGGUUUCAUUUUAACACAGAUUGUUUUGUAACCAAAUGUUGAUUGUAAAUCACAAUCUGUAUUUAUUUCACUUUACUUUUAGCUGAUGUCACAUUAUGUGAUUUCUAGUCAUUGGUUAUGUCAGAGUUGCUGACUGCAUUUG